AUGAUGGAGAAACAGGUCCAGGGUGCAGCUUCUGAAGCUGAAUCAUCCAAUUUACGGGUAUCUUCUCGUCCCACACUCUUUAACUUGUUGGAGGUGUUGGCAAGUGAUUCCAUGACAACACCUUCGCAACGUCAGUGUAUAAGGGAUAUAGUAACGGAAUUUCUUGCCAAUAAAUUUGAACAUUCCAAGGUAUAUUCGUACAUUGGAGCUGUUGUAGGUCAUGAUCGGCUACACAGCGUUAUAAAGCAGUUGGAGUCCGAUACCGAUCGUGCUCCAUUGCCGGAUCAAAAUGGGCUGAUGCGUAUUGAGUCUGCUUUUAAUUUGACAAAGAGUUACAGAGGCACCUCUGUUCGUGACCCUAAGCCUGUCCAAGCACCAGUUACAAAUGGGAUGGGAACUGCAGGCUAUUCCUCAGGUGCAAAGGAUGAUAUUUUACUAUCAAUACGUCGUAAUUUAAGCGUUAAAAGACCAGUAGAACCCGCUAAUAGAGUAAAGACUAAUCUAUCGAGCAUUCGUACUGCAUCUGCAGGUGUGUUGCUACAAAAGGCAUGUUGGUUGCCCAUUAGAAGAACAUUGAGUGCUGGUCCUUUGUAUGGCCACUCCUUGAUUUGUAUUGGUAGUCGUGCAUACUUGUUGGGAGGGAGUAAUGGAAGGAGUCAAGGAUUGAACCUAGCCAGAGCACAUGUUGUAAAUUUGGUUGAUUUCAGCUCAAAACAAAUAAUGUUCAGCGGAGAUAUUCCAUCUCAUCGUGAAGGUAAUACAUGUAACGUUGCAAUCAUCCAACAGACUCACGCAAUCAUUAUUUUUGGAGGUUUCAACGGAGAAAGGUUUUUUAAUGAUAUUUACAUUCUUGAUCUUGAGAAGAGGAAAUGGAUUCGCAAACAUACGACUGGAAGGGCCCCUCCUCCAAGAGAUGAACACUCUGCCCUUGUUUAUCCUGCCAGAUGCGAAUCGGCACAAAAAUCUAACACCGGAGCAACUUAUCUCUUUGUUUUUGGCGGAAAAACUGGUCUUCGCAAUCAAUUUCAGUGUCUGAAUGAUAUGUGGGCAUAUGAUAUACUGAAUUCUUCAUGGGCUCAAGUAGAGUGUUCAGAUUCGUCAAAGCCCUCUCCAAGGUUUGGAGUAUGUGCUCUUUGGGCUGAUGAUGAUACGAUAUGCGUAUUUGGUGGUGAAACCAGUUCGGCCAAUGGAUUUGUUGAUCGUAAUGAACGUUGUCUACUUGAUGAUUUAUGGAUGUUUCGCUUAAAUGGUCCUCUAUCGGGUACAUGGACAAAUGAUCAGUAUGAGGGAAAUAUAGGCCCAAGAUCUCACUAUUCAUCCAUAUUUAUAGCUCAACGUUGCAAAGAAUUUCAUACGGGUGUUCCUAAAACUAUAGAACGUCUUAUGCUUUUGACCGGUGGUCUCACAUAUGCGCCUGGUAACAAACGUACUGUGGUAGCUUCAGACAAACUAUACUUCUAUUUCUUUUCCCAGCGAAGAUGGUACAGUUUGAAGCCGAAUUAUCCAAGGAACUAUGUCGGCGAACCCUUUGAACCUAGGCAGUUACACGUCGCCUGUUUCUUUGAAAAGCGGAAUAUAUUAUUUCCAGGAACAAAACCUUCUGUUCCAUGUAUAUUCUUUCACGGUGGAUUUCACAAAAAACAGAUAUUGAGUGAUGCUUGGGUUUUAAGCCUUACUGGGGAAGACUUGUUCUUCAAAAAUUCUGUUUUAUCUCCUGUUGACACCGUACAAAGCAAGGGUACCGAUAUUCGCGAUAUUCGUGUUUAUCCUCCUUGGUUUUACAGAGAGUCACAUUCACCUGGUCUCCUCUGGGCUUUGUGCAGUGCUCAACGCUGGGCAUUUGGUGCUAUUGCACAUCUUGUUUCAAAUGCGCUAAAGGAAUCUGUUUCGAGUAGCAGGAUUCACAUCCGUUGGGAAGUAUCUCCGCAAGGUGAUGAAGGAAUGUUAAGUAUUCAGGAUGAUGGAACUGGUUUGGACUAUACUGCCAUGAAUAAAUUGCUGAAACUUUUUGGACAAUCUAAGACAGGAGAAAGGAAUCCAAGUUAUGAAUAUGGCUGUGGAUUCAAAAUGGCGUUUGCAAGAAUUGCAUCCAGUUGCGCGGUCAUGUCUAGAGCUCAUGAUAGUAUAGGAAUUGGAAUGUUAUCUUUGGAAUUGAUGGGCCAGUGUGAAUCUCGUGAAAUGGCCGCCCCCAUGUGUAUGUGGAAGUUGCCUUCUAAGGAGCUCAUUAAUCGUGAUGGAGCAUGUAUGGUGGAUCAGCGUCACCAUCAGAGACUCUUAAUGAGUUAUAGUCCAUUUAACAGUGCUGCCCUUCUAGCUGAACAGAUUAAUGUCUUAGGUGUUAGUCCGGGUACCAGGAUUUUAUUUUGGCAAAUUCGUGAUGAUUUGGAUAAUUUGUUUUUGUCUAAGGAAGAUGGUACUAUAUUGUUGAAUAGUUCUAGUGUAAAUGACGUUUCAACUAUGGUUGAUUCAGAUGGAAAAUUGCAGGAGAACUCUAUGAAUUCGGAAGAUGAUGGGGAUGCUUCUGAGAAUGUUAAGGCUGAAAGUGCAGAUUCCGAGGUUCCAGAUGUUCCUAGAGCCAAAUUUGCAUGGGAAGUGCUAUUUCCUCUAUGGACUGAAAGUAAGUAUUCUCCGGAUUAUUGCCUUCCUACCUAUCUCUAUUGGUUACAUUUGUAUUCAUCGUGCUCUCUUGCUGUUCAGGAUUGUGAGCUUUCACCUUACAUUUAUAACAAUGUUUCGGAGAAUGAGCCGGAGGAGCCCACGAUUUCUCAGGCUUACUCUUGUGCCAGAAAUGGAUGUGACUAUUGUGGAGUCUCACCCAUUGGACGAAGUCUAUCAGGAGGUAGAAACUUACUUUCGUUCCUUCGUAAACGUCUUUUUAAGUCGGUUGAAAUUCCAUUUUUGUUUCAUCCAUCUGACCAUUCAAAUGGGUGUUUUGCUCUUGUAGGAUUUUUAAAUGAUAAUUCAAACGCAAUUCAAGAGGCUCCAAGUGAUGACUCUGAACGUGUUUGUGAAGCAGGAAUCUUGUUGUAUUUUAAGGGAAGGUUAAUAAGAAGGCUUGAGGGUCACUUUCCCGCACCAUCCGUUGAGAUCGAUGGCGCGAAAUCUGAACCAAAUGGAUCUCUCUUUAAGGGUGAGUUGUAUAGAUUCGCAUUAACAGCGAUCAUAAGUGUGCCGGACUGGCUAAUUCCAGCGGUUAAUAAGCAAGAGUUUGUACACGAAAACAACAGAGUAUUUUUUGAGUUUAAAACAAAGCUUUUGAAGCUUUUGAAUGAGUACUGCAGGGUUUGUCUAAAUGAUGAAGAAAGGAUGGAGUGGCAAACCAAUAGAAUACAGGAACUUAUGAACUAUGAUCAGACUGUUAACUCUAAUCGUAGUAAAAGACCCUUGGACAGGGACUCUGAUGAAGAGCAACAUCCCAACUGGGGUCAUGAAUCUCCACCAAUAAAUCCACAGCCUGAUGCUAACACACAAUCGGAUGAACCAGUCGAAAAUAAGGACGCAUCCGCAGAUCAGGAUGUAAGUACCUCAAAUUUAGAGGAGAUAUCGGGAGCAAGUAUAAAUAACAGGGACACAAGUCCAGAUUUGUCCAUAGAUCAGGGUCCUGAGCAGAGUCUACACACUAAUAUGGGGACGAGUUACGUUCCUACAGAAGCGCCUCAGCCUCUUGACACUUUGGCCGAUGUGUCGGUGGAGUACAAAGAAGAAAGUAUUACAAAUGACGAGAAUGUGUACGUGGAUAAAGAGCCAAUGUAGGCUCUACUACACAAAUGUUUGAAUUUACCGGAUAUUCCUUAUAAUAUUUUACUCGUUCUU